AUGGUUCUGUCGACAAGGAACGAGCCAUUCCUAUCUUGUGGGUUUCCAUCCAAUUUCUUGAGCGUUGCUGCCUACGACGCAGGCACCCUGGCGCGGAAGCUUGGUAUCCGCUACCUCUGGGUUGAUGCACUGUGUAUAAUACAAGGCAGUGGGGGAGAUUGGCACGCCGAGUCGGGGAAGAUGGAUAUAGUGUGUAGCAACGCUGCGCUCACCAUAGCUUCGGUCGAUGGAAGCAGUCUGUCUGACGCAUCGAAGAAUAGGUCAUUCCUAAAUCAAGCAUCUCAACUCUUAUCGUUCGAUGUCUCUGAUUCGGACCCCGAGGACAUCUACAAGAUACUCGACAGAACGGGCAACUUCAUUAGCCGCCCUGAAGGCGAGCUUGACGGCCGCGGAUGGGCUUUCCAAGAAAAGCUCCUUUUGCCGAGGACUCUGAGUAUUACUCGAGAUGGCAUGUACUGGGACUGUCUCCAUUACUCGGCUUGCGAUCAGAGACCGACCGGCCUGCUUGGAGAUGUCUCCCCCGGUUUCCAGGACGUUGACGAUCGGGCAUUCAAGAACAUUCUGAUAGGGUCCCCUCUGACUGGUGGGAUCUCCAAGCAGCUAGGCUACUGGCUGUGGCGCCGCGCUGUCCAGGAGUACACCUCACGCGAACUGACGAAGAAAGAGGACCGAGCUAUUGCGAUCAACGGCAUUGCACGACGCAUGGGUGCACUGCUCGAGGAUGAACAAGUUCUUGGCAUAUGGAGGCAGGACUCGCUCCGGUCGCUGAUAUGGUUUGUGGAAACAGCGCCAAGGCAUUGGCCCUCUUUCGGGUCUCUUGCACUGGUUGAGGCAGAUCACGAAGAAUCGAACCACCGCCGAAAGUUCACAAGGAGAAAUAUCCAGCACGAGCACCGUCAUGGACAUGGAUCUCAACCACGAAACCAGUGA